GGCCAGAGCUUCCAGUCUGCUGGGUGAGAUCAUUACCAGACACCAGGCUCCGGGACCUGACAUUCACCGAUUGGAAAAGCAAAGCGAGAGAGAGGCACACAGGCUCAGAGAGCGAGAGAAAGCCUUGAUCCAGUGCAGCCGGCGACCUAAAGCGAGCUAACCCGCGGUGUGCAGCCUCAGCUCCCCGGUCCUCCGCUGCACGGACACGGCUCAAAGCGCGCUCUGUUGUCGCAGAAAAUCUUUUCCCCCCUCGUUUGGAUUUUUGGCUUGUAGUCGGAUGCGGGCUGCUUGUUUUGACUGCAGUAACAGAGCUGCUCCCCCUCCUUCUUCUUCUUCCUCUCCUCCUCCUCCUCCCCUCCUUCCAGCCGAGUAGCGGAUUUGCGAGGGAUCUCAGCGCCGACUCACCAGCGAUCCCGCAAGGCACCGGGACACGCUCUCUGCACCGCUGCGGCUCUCCGGCUGCUCCCGCCUGCAGGAGACCCCGAUCGGUUCUCCUUUCUGGCAGAACCUGGACACGACCGCCAAGUUUCCUGCUGGAUUCUUCUUCUUCUUCUUUCUUCCCCCCCCUUAAUCUCUAUUUUUUGUUUUUAUUUUUUUGCAACCUCGAUUCUCAUCGGAUCGCCCGCAAGUCCUAUUUCCCCCCUCGCUCCUCUCUUUCCAAAGCGCUGUUGACGCCAUUUUCCCCGGGGUUUUCUGUCAGAGAAAAAUCCAUCCACAUUUACUCCCCGGCACCGUUUGACAGCUCCCCGGGAGGCUGUCAUCCCAUCCGUCGCUUGUGUAAAAGACGUGUCUUGGCUAAAUGGAUUGUAAAUGAUCUUGAUGAAAUAUUCACACGUUAGAGCCGACAGUGUGACAACAUUAGACAUGGAUUGUCCCUGGCUUCGCUGCGUUCCUGUGGGACAACAGACGCAGUACCAGUAGCUGACUGACAGCAGCAAGCAGCCCACCAGACCCCUGCGCUGAGUCUUCCCAUUGGCCAACUGCCAGAGCUUCGCUCCCCCCCAUCCUGACUGGCUCUGGCGGGAGUGUGGAUGGAGCCGAGGGACCUGGUUGGCUCAGCCCGACCCAAAGAGGCGGACCUUCGGGGAGGCAGGGCAGGGCCCAGCGAGGAGCAUCAACUGGCGGCGGGAGGCGCCGGGCCGGUGCACGGCGAUGACGUGAUUAACGGCGCUGCCAGUGAGGGGGAGGGGCUGGAGGAGCAAGGGGAGGGGCUUAUGGAGGAGCAGGAGUUCUCCAUCAAGGAAGCGAGUUUCCAGGAGGGAAGUCUCAAGUUGAAGAUCCAGACCACCAAGCGCACCAAGAAGCCGCCCAAGAGCCUCGAGAACUAUAUUUGCCCGCCAGAGAUCAGGAUGACCAUCCGACCUCCGGCUGGAGAGGGCAAAGGGGGGCGGCAAGGGCGGACAGGAGGCGGGGCAGGAGCAGGGCGGGGCCCCAAGGACGAAGAACGAGGUCCCCCGAGAAAAAGGACUUACGAGCGCCAGUUCAGAAUGCCUGACCAGAGAGAGGGGGGUCUUCUGCAGCUACUGGGUGAUCCUGCUCCACCCAAACACCAGCCGCGCGGUGCCCUUCUCUCCAACGCCCAGCAAACGCAGCAUGGCCUCACUCAGAAGUUCCAGCACAGUCACACGCAGCAGCACCAAAUCGGUCCGGAUUGGAUCACGUCUGGGGCAGCUUUUUCCUCGCCGGGCCAACCGGCUGGCAUUGAGUCAUCCGGAGACUUGGCGGGAGGGAGCAGAGGCUCAUCGCUCGACGCGACGCAGCCUUACUCCCGGGCUGCGACUUCAAGCCCAUCUCCCCAGAGAUCCAUGACUCCGGACCUGCAGCUACCGGUGGUCACAGACGCCAGCAUUCUCAACCUCACCUCACUGAGCAGGGGAAAGGGUUUGCAGGAGGUCAGUGAACAGCUCUUUGGAAACAUCAAGAGGAAGUAUGGAAGGAAAGACUCUCAGAGGAUGUUCGCGAACCCCCAGAGCGCUGAUGCACCUUGGGGAAGGCAGUCGGAAAGGGAGUUGGAGAGCCCUGCUAACUCUGAAGAGAGGCAAAGAUACAGGCAAGAGGGGACGGCUGAGCAGUUCCAGGAAGCAAGGGAGGAACGAAGGAAAGAUGAACGAGAGCAAGCAAACAUUGGGAGGAGAGGCGAUGAAGAAGAGAGAGGAAUGCCUGUGCAGGCAGAGGACGGGAAAGGAAGAAAAAGGCGGAGGAGGCCUUCAUUUGAUGAGUCGUUUUCCAUGGAGGAGCGGUCCCAGCAGCAGACUCUGGAUACUCCAGAGAAGCCCCUGGCCGGACCCCCAGAACCUAAAAUAGCGCACAAGAUAGAGGCCCACAAAAACGAUUCUCGACUUUCAAGUCAGAGGGACAGCAGUGCAGAGAGGGUAGAAAAGGCAGAAAAAGCUGAUAGGAGGGAUAAAGCAGAGAGGGCAGAAAGAGGAGAGGCAGCUACAUGCGGACCUGACCAGGAAACCGAUCUGAGCUCCAACAGGGUGAAGAAAAACCCGGUGGGCCGACCCAAGAGCCUCACAGAUUCCCUGAAACUGAGAGAGGCAACAUACAAUCAGAUCAACAAACCCAGUCUUGGCAUGAACCCCAGACUCCCUAGCCCCAGCUCUAGAGUUAGCUUGAGUCCGACGUCCAGUCCUAAAUCCAGAAUUAACAUCAGUCCAAGUCCAAGUCCCAGACCCAGAAUGGACCUGAGUCCCAGUCCCAGUACUGGGGGCAGCCCUGCAGCCACUUCCAGGCCGACCAAGGCCAACGAAAGGUGGUCCUACCUGAAAGCUAAGAGUCAUACGAGUCUCACCUCUCCUCAGAGAGACAGCAUGGGCAGCCCCUCUGCUCUGUCAGAUCCACCCUCUGCCUUCCCAAUCACCCCCUCCAGUCCACUCUACACCAACACCGACAGCCUGACCGUCCACGCCCCCAUCAAGAGGAAGCGUGGACGUCCCAAGAAGCAGCCACUCCUGACCGUCGAGACGAUUCACGAGGGCACGUCCACCUCACCUCCGAGCCCGCUGGCGAAGGAGUCAAACCCGGGGAUAAGCCGCAGGAGAAAGAUGCACACCCUGAACCCGCUGGUGCACGCAGCGUCUUCAUCUCCCAGCGACGGUUUCAACAGUCUGAAGGUAAAGCGAGGCAGAGGUCAUCCCAGGGCGGUGAUCAAGACCAAGCUUGGGAAAAUGCAGAGCAUCCUGAACGAGAUCCUCUCUGGAUCCAGUCAGAACGGCUCCCUGGCUCUGAAGUCGGCUUCUGCUCCGGUUACCUCAGCUAUGAGCGCCAUGGCGACGACCAUCGAAGCUCGAUUGGGUAAGCAGAUUAAUGUCAGCAAGAGAGGAACCAUCUACAUCGGUAAGAAGCGAGGGCGUAAGCCCAGAGCGGAAACCCAAGGCUCUGUCGCCCUCAAAGCUAGCAGGGACAAGCCCCAGAUGUCUCUGUCCAUGUCCAGUUUUUACGACAGCCCUGCAGUGCCUUCCACCAACUCGUCUCCCAGCUCAUGCGCUCUGUCGCUGAGAGCCAGCAACACAGACGCCACCAUGCCAAGUUUGCAGCCUAUCUCAGCCCUGCCCACCAAACCGUCAGGAAGAGGAUUUCUCUCUGGCGGCUGGAAACUUUCUCCCCCUCGCCUCCUGGCUAACUCACCCUCCCACCUGUCAGAGGGGGCGUCAGUGAAGGAGGUGACUCUGUCCCCCAUCAGCGAGUCCCACAGCGAGGAGACUAUCCCCAGUGACAGCGGGAUUGGGACAGACAACAACAGCACCUCUGAUCAAACCGAAAAGGGUCCUGCCUCUCGCCGCAGGUACUCGUUUGAUCUUUGCGGGUUCGAGUCCCCAGAGGCUGCCGCCCUGGACACGUCCACCAGGGGGAGCAGACCGCGCUGUGAACGAAAGGUUACUGCCGUGGACAGCUAUCUGUCACAGCAGGAAAAGAAGCAGAAACAUCACCGGAGGAAGAGGAAAUGCAUGCAGACUCGGGACCAUCUUCACUUUCUCUCUGAACUGGAAGAGGUUGUGUUAAAGUUCCAGCAGCUGCGGGUUUCUCACAGGCUGUACACCUGCUACCCUCAGCAUCCGUACCCGUCUAUCUUCCGGCUGAAUUUUCACCAUUACUACCCGCUCAGCUACGACUCUUAUGCCUGCGACUCCGGCUCGUACCUGCGCAGGAGUGCAGAUCUGAAGGCCAAACGGAGGCGUGGUCGUCCGGCCAAAGCCGGCGAACCGAUCACAUCCAAGCUGCCGUUUGUCCCUGGAUAUGGCUAUGCGCUAGGAGGGGGGAAUUACUAUGCAGCGCCGUAUGCGAUGCCUUAUGCACCUCCUCUGAAUCUAGGCUACUUCCCCCCGACGCCACCGUUUUACCUGCCCCAUCACUCGCUUGGCCCUGCACCCCCAUCUCCUUUCAUGAGGCCCGCUGUCCCACCGCCAAAGGCCUUCCUCUCGAGUGGGCACCCCAAACUGCAGGUGGGGGCGAAGAUCCGCAGUGCCAGUGGCCCACUGCAGGGCCCCACUGUGAGAUCGGAGGCUCUGGGCUCCCUGAGCGCCGGCAGUGCAGGCGGUAUGGCCGGGGUCCGCCUUCAUAAGAGAAAGCACAAACACAAGCACAAGCACAAGGACGAGCCUCUCCUUUCCCCGCGGGACCGCCAGGAGUUGGGCGGACUUUUCAGCGGCGCCAAGACCAACGUGCGGCUCGGCAUGCUGAGCGAGAGGAGGGACUUGGCUGGUCAGGGUUCCUCAAAGCAUCUGGAGAAGCAGAGGGGUAACGCGAGGGGCCCCAACCUGGGAUCCGGCCUGGGGAUUUUCGAGUCGGACCAGCUGUCCGGCCACGCGCUCGCCGACGGCCAGUUCCACUCCCGUCAGACUGCACAGCCUGCGAAGGGCUUCAUGAGCAGCUACGGCAGCCAAUCGCAGCGGUCGGAGGCGGCCUCUGACCUUUUCUCGGGGUUACGGGAGGAUGAUUGUGCCGGGAGGAGCAGAAGGACUAGGCUCGCUGUCUUCGGAGAUCAGGGCUUAAUGUCAUUCCAAACGGCCAGGCAGGAGCCGGAGCAGAUGAACGAGCCAGCUCUCACUGGUGUCCCCGCUAAGAGGAGGUAUAAACGCAGUGAGGUGGAACAGAUCCAGAAGGACGUCAGGAGGAUGCAUUCUUUGAACUUUGAUCAUGUGCAGAAGAUCCUGCGUGCCAAGCGUCUGCAGCGACAAGCCAAAACAGGAAAUAAUGUCAUCAAGCGGCGGCCCGGGAGGCCUCGAAAGCAGCCCCUGGAGGAGUCGCAGCCGGCCAGCAUGAGGGAGGAAGUCUGGGCCGACGCUCGAGGUCUGGAUGUUCCGGCCAGCAGGAAAGGCGACGGCAGGACUUUGGGGAUGCCCGUCCUGGAGAGGUGCGACAACCUGCCUGGUCGGCACAGCCUCAGGCCGAGCCUGGCCCUGGAGUCUCAGGAGCUCCCCGCUCAUGACUCCAUCGCAGCGACUAUCGAGACGGUGGUGCACCAGGCACGAUGCGUCCCUCCUCCCGGGAAUAAAGAGGGCAAACGCAGAGGCAGGGGCCACAGCAGGGACCAACUGUGGGCCCCUGGCGGUCAGUAGAUGCCCUGAACUGAAGGUAGAGCAGCUAACAGAAUCAGAACUGCUUCAGGCCUAACAGAUGCAGUGACCUUAAAGCGGGAACUCUUUGAUGCACUUUGACUUGUAUCUCCUCCUCCGGCCGGUGGAGAGGAGCCCAGGCGGCGGAGCGGUAACGGAGGAACGACAGCCUCCUUCUGACUACAGAAACCCCGACCAGACACGGGCUUUUCAAACGUCCUCCGGACCUGCUCUCACAUCGGCACUCUACGGUACUCUACGAUACUGAAUCUGACGCUAUAAAAGUGUGUGGUACUUAUGAUAGAGUAGGAUUUCAUGUGAUUCUUUAUGUAUCUGAUACAGUGACGUGUAUGGUACUUUACGAUACAGUAUCUGAAUGUGGCUUUAGCCAUAUAUUUACCAGCAAAGGGGAAGUGGGUGGGGGUGGCUCAUAUAAAACUGUGCAGCUCUGCUUAUUUUAUGCCUUUUUGUGGAAGCUUGUGAGACAUGCAGGAUAAUACAUCAGUAAUUUACCCUCCCUAACCUGUCUGGGAUAUUUUUUUCCCCUUAUCAUUUUCUAAGGUUUCUCGCCCACUUUUCGAAGAAAUUCACACUUCCUGGCAGCUCAUCAUCUUCCCCGUUUAACCCCCAAUUCUCCUCAGAUUUGCUCCUAUUGAUGUUUUCAAUCUGCAGUCCUUGAGCUUCCUUGUUUCAGUCUGUCUGUCAUGCAUUUCUCCCGUCUCGCUUAGGCCUCUCCUGGGCAGGGAAUCAAAGGCAAUACGGUGGAUAAAACUUGUCCCCCGACUGUACAUAGAACUAAAAGUCCACUGUUGCCUGCCUUGUACAAUGGGAAAAAAACCAGCUCAUAGAUGUGUACUGGCUUCCAGUAUAAUAAAUAGAAUUGUAGAUAAUGAAAGUGUGUAUUGUUUUAUAACCAAAAACAGACAUGGGUGUGACUCAAGACAAGUAUGUUUUCAGACAGAAGAAUACCACAUAUAUUCAUUCAUAUGCUCAUUAUUGUGUUUGUAUCCAGGGGUUGGGGCGGGGAGGGAGUGCUGGGUAAAAGAGGAAUGUCGGAUGUGUUUUUUGCUGAACCUUUAGAGUUUGUUAAAUGCACUAUGAAGAACCGUUCACUUGCAUCAAUCAAAAUGCAGCACUUACAUGCUUGUUCUAGCCUUAUGUGUUCUUUGCAUCCGCUGGGUUGGGCGUCCGGUCCAGAGAGCAUGCGUUAUUUUUUUAAUCAAUUUAUAUAUGCAGGCCGCGCAGCCAAAAAGCAUUUUAAAAUAAAAACGACAAAAAACAAAACAAGUGAAGCCUGAGUGUAAGUCACAAUUGGACAGUUCAAUUAACAGCCCCAUCCUCGCUUUUUAUGUUUCUACUUAAGCUGAUUUCAGUGAAGCAAAUCCAGUGUUUUGACUUUGAAACCAAAGUCUCAGAACUCCGUAAGGAUGUAGUAUUUGAAAGUAUUAAAGUUUGGCAAACUCUCCACCACAUUGGCAGCAAUGUAAAGCAUUCCUAUGUGCACUGUAGAAUGUAGCCAUGUUGGAUCUCGGUGUCAAUGAGCCUUUUGUUUCACUCCUUUUUCUUAUUUUUUUAAUCAGUAUAUGGGACUUUGGAUCGCAGUUGGAAUUUUCCCAGACAUAAACAAAAGUUCAGUGUUUCUUUGGGAACGUUUUCAGAUCGAUGGAUUUGUUUUUUUGUUUGAUUUUUUUUUUUUUUUUGGGUCAGGUGAUAUUCUCAGUUGCAGCAGCUUAACUUGUGCCUUAUGUUUCCUUUCUAUCACGGAUUGCAUUUGACUGAAGGAACAGAAAGUGGCAAGGAGUGCCCUCCCGAGAGUGACCCAAGCAUGUUCACGAUUGUGCAUAUCGACCCUCGUGUCUUACGUCAUCAGAACCCUGACGCUGCCUGUGUCCCCUCACAUCUCUCUGUCUCUGGACGUUCUUCUCGUUUUCUGAUCGUUUCAUCCUGACAGAGCUGGAAGGGUGGGACUCGCUGUAUUUAAUGCGCAUCAUGUUCUGACCUAGAAACCGCCGCGCAGCGGUGGCAGAAGAAGAAAAAACCCUCCGAGUCAGAUCUGCUUCUGACCGGAGAUAUCGAUUCUUCUCACUGCCUUUGAUGUGAAAUUGAACAUCACUUGCUCCCAACAAGUAAAAUAUCUGACAAAUAGAGGAACAGAAGCAGCUGUCAGGAGAAAAUAAAAAACACGUUUGCGUAUAUUGUUUGCUAUGCAUCUGGCCAUUUACACUGGCAAUGACCUUAAAUGAAAUUCAUGCUCCGGGUCCACUUUGCGACAAAGAGAAACAAGUGGUCUUAUUUGCUGAAUAAAGUGAGUUCAUGUAAGGAGAAUUGUGAAUAAUACCAGUAAUAAUUUGUAAUAAUGACAAAGUUGUGCAGAAAGUGACUAUCAUUUCAAGAAAAUUAUACUUACUGCCUCUCUAUGCAGUAUAGCCUUAAAACUACAGUAUUGACGUGUUUGUUGUAAAUAGUGUUUUUGUGUCCAUCGCGCAUGGAUACCAACCACAGACCGCCCCCAUUAACCUCCCAGAGCGCCAUCUGUCUCCACCAACACACAAAUAAAGUACCUUGGUAUCAGGCAUGGGUCGGUUUCCGAGCUUCUAAGAAAUUACAGCUUCAAAAAGCAGCUGAAGGUUUUCCCUCAUCUACAUUGUUAAAUUUAGCUACAAUAAGCCCUUCAUACCAUUUGUUUUUGUCUAAGCUAUGUAUCAAAUUGAAAAUAGUAACUAUUUGCUAUAAAAUCCAAUAUUAAUGUUAUUUCAAAUGUAAUAAUAUAUUAUUUUAACUGCUUCUCUGGUCCGAUUUAAAGCAAUUAGGCUAUGGUGUUAUAAUUUACAUAUUUUGUUAUUAACCUGAUAUUUUCACUGAAGUAUCAUCAGAAUCUCGUACCAACCCAUGCCUAUUUGGUACAGUCAUUAUUCCAGCUUAUUAAUUUACAAAGAAUGCUAAAAUAAUCUUCCUUACUUCCUUGCGAAAGCUCUUACAGGCCUGACUGCAGUACACUGGACCAAAAAUAGGGAACUCGGCUAACUUUUGGCUCCUUCCGCCUGCAGCUUGAAGGUGCGUUGCUGUAGCGUGAAGAAGGGUUGUGUGUUGGGGGAGUUCUCAAAGGAAAACACCAAAAAUACUCUCAACCUAAUGCCAUCAUGCUUAACCUUACUUUGGUAGAGGACUUUCUGUGGGUCUGUGGUGGAGGUUAGCUGUGUACCGACGCCUCCGUGCUGCGGUGGGGUGGUGGUCUCUGAUGGUGGCGUUAAAGACCCCGGGUAAUGUCUGUGCUGUCCUGUCUGUUUCGUCUCUUCCUCUACCAGCCGAUGCUCCGGUGCCUUUUAACACUGACAAGUAUUGUCCUAACCCAGAGCUUUCAGUCGACACAGAGGCUUCAGAGGGGAUGAAGUUGUGAGUGGGAUUCAUGCUCUCCUGUUCGCAGCCCGUCUGGCUCAGUUGGUCAAACUUUUCACGUUUUGCUGCUUUAUAACCGUAAACUUCAGUGGAUGUUGUUGUAGACUAAUGUUGGUGAGAUAAAAGGAAAACGAUACAUGGUUUUCUUUUCUUUUUUUUUUUACAAAAACAAAAAUCUGGACAUUGUGGUUUUCAUUUGCAUUCAGCCCCUGUUAGUCAAUAUUUUGAAGAGCCACCUUGUGCUGCAGGUCUAUAUAGCUCAGCUCGUUUAUAGGUCUGGACUUUGACUAGGCCACUCUACUACAAGAAUAUGCUUGGAUCUACCUUUCACUCUGUGUUUAGUCUUUGUCCUGCUGGAAUUGAACCUUUACCAUGUUUCCUGUCUCUGCUAAAGUAAAAUGUCCCCACAUCAUGAUGCUACCACCACCGUAUCUCACCAUUAUGAAGAUACCCGUUGAUAAACGCUUCUUUGUUAACUGUAUUCCUGCAGCUCCUCAAGUGUUACCAAAGGACUCUCAGCUGCUCCCCUGUUAAUGCUCUCCUUGGCCAGCCUGUCUGUUUAGAUAGACGGUCAUGUCUUGGUAGGUUUUAGUCUUUCCAUUUCCAUAUGAUGAAUUAAAUGGAAUUGGUCUUCAUGAUGUUUGUUCACCAAUGUUUUCUAACAAACAUCUGAGACCUUUACAGAAUGUUUGGCUUCACACUGACGAUAAGUGAAAUCCUUUUGCUCGGCAAUUUGCUUCUAAAGGCCGUUGGGGUCAUCUGAUUUUAUUUAAGAGUAUCAAAUUUGAGGCGUGCUGCACUUUCAGGGUUUUUAUUUGGAAACUAUUUCGAAAACCAUGUAUCAUUUUCCUUCUGCUUCACGAAUAAGAGCUGCUUUAUGUAGCUCUGUCGCAUGAAAUCUCCAUAAAAUCGCAGUUUUAACAGGAUAAAAUGUGAAAGGGUAUGUAUAGUUUUGUAAGGCACUGAAAUCAAGCUUGUAAGCAGCGUUUGAGCUUAUAGUAAUAUUGCAUUAAAUGUACAAUUAGUCCACAGGGACAUCAUGUAGGACGAGACAAACUGGCAACUACGUUCUGGUCUUGUUCCCCUGAUCGCAUGCAGUGAUGGUUGUCUUACACCUGGAGAGAGGGAGGGCAGGGAGGGGGGGUCAUAUCAUGGAGUCAUAAAAGUUGUCAUCCUUCCAGCAUCUGUUUCCCAUUCGAAGCUAUAACGUUGUUCCGAACUGAGAGUGCAGACGAGGCACUGAGAAAACCAAUAAACGUACUUCUGUAGAGCACAAAGUGAGCUCUUCUAACAGCGUGGGCAUAUUUUAAUUUGUAUACAUUGUGUAUUUGAACCUUUUUCUAGAGUGGCUCUCCUUUAUUUGCAUGCUCAAUUUUGAUUGUAUGCAUAAAUAUUUUAGACAAGUUGAAUUUCAAUUGAAUUUGAACCAAGACUUGUACAUUGUUUGAUAUGUUUCUUUUUGUAAUGGAUUUUUUAAUUCAUGAGGCAUUUUUGUACAUUGUAUGAAUAUUAAAAACUGCAAAUAUUUGACAUAUAGAGUAAAUACUAGAUGCACAUGCAUAUGCAUAUAUUCCUCACAGUAUGUAUGUGUAAGCAUACACAUAUAUUUUGUAUUUGCAUUUGCCAGCAUACAGAUAUAUGUCUUAAGCACAUAUAUACCUGUAUUAUAUAUGUAUAUCCAUGUCUGCUGGCAUGCUUUUGGUCAUGUUUCUCUUUCAUGAUCUUGUAGGUUCUUUUUUUUUAUUUUAUUUCCUCUUUCCUUAAAAAGAAAUGCUCAUUCUUUGCUACCCUUCUGUUGGCUGGCAGCCUUGAGCACUUAUUAAGAAGAACUACAGUUGAAGUUGUUCAUGUUAUCCAUUGUGUGAAAUAAUAAAUGACUUUAUUGACAGCU